AUUUAGUUAAUUACGAAUCUAAUUUUGUACAAUUAACUGUCAACUUUUUCUUUAAUCUCCAUAAACAUUUGAUUAAACAUUGAAGUCUCUUUUUAAUUGUCACCACCAAUAAGCUCCAACAAUUAACUAACAACCAACUUUUUAAUUGUUUAACGUUUUCAUAAUUUAAUUUGUUUCUGUUUACUUUCAACAUUAACCCUCUUGUUAUUGUCUUGAUUGUGUUUAUUUAUAUGACCAUAAGUGAUUAAAUAAAUUACCCGAGGUAAUUUUGUUUACUCAAUUAAUUGAAAAUCAAGCAUCUGUUGAUUUUAUUCAGUUAAUUCACCGAGUAAUUAACUCCAUCGCAACAAGAAAAAGUUAAUUUAAUAUUCAUAUUAACAUCCAAAUUUAAUGACAGUUAAUUGUUGAUAUUCCAGUUACCUGGUUUGUAGUUAAUCAACUUUUUCUGAUCAAUACCAGUUUCAAAAGGAUAAUGUCAUCAACCAUUGUUGACCCUGCGUUCAAAGUGAUACCCACUCAGCAGACAUUUUUUCUGGUCUGGAGAAUCGAGAAAUUACAGGUAAUUCCAGUACCUGAGGAACAAUAUGGAACUUUCUAUAAUGGCGAUUCUUACAUAAUUAUCAGUGGAACUGAUGGUAAAGAGGUUGGUGGAGUUUCCCGAAUGAAACCUCGAGAGGUUAAAGAGGGAACUCUUGAGAUCCAUAUUCAUUUCUGGUUAGGCUCGAAAACGUCUCAAGAUGAGGCCGCUGUUGCCGCUUAUAAAACCGUUGAACUUGAUGAUCACCUUGGUGGUUUUCCUAUUCAACAUCGUGAGGUUGAAGGUCAUGAAUCGAAACGUUUCCUGGCCUAUUUCCGUCGAGGUUUAACCAUCUUGGAGGGUGGAGUUGCUUCCGGUUUGAAUCAUGUUGAAAAGGCCAAUAAACCAAGACUUUUCCAUGUUAAAGGUAAACGUAUUCCAAUUGUUCGUGAGGUAACACCGAUAUCUUGGUCUUCCAUGAAUCAUGGUGAUGUAUUCAUUUUGGAUUCGGUGGUAAAAGUUUUCCUUUGGAAUGGUAAUAAAGCCAAUUACAUGGAGAAAAUUCAAGGAGCCAAAAUUGGUCAACAAUUACGCUCUCAACAUGGUCCUGAGUGUAAUGGACUUGUCAUCAUGGAGGAUGGAAGUGAAAGAGAAUCAACUUCCGCUGAUGAGAUUGUUGAAUUUGAAAAGUAUCUGCCAUUAGCAGAUAAACAGGAUUCUCUUGGAGAUGAACAAUCAAUCAGUGAUCAACAGGUUGAGGAAAAAAUUGAGAAAGGAUCACUUAAAUUGUACAAAGUUUCUGACGAAAGUGGUUCACUUAAGAUCACUUUAAUCAAUUCAAGUCCAUUGGCCAAAGAUGAUCUAGACUCUCAGGAUUGUUUCAUUAUCGACAAUGGUACCGAUGGAAUUUGGGUUUGGAUUGGAAAAGGAGCUUCGGCAAAGGAGCGAAUCGAAUCCAUGAGAAACGCCCAAGGGUUUAUCGUAAAAAAAGGUUAUCCUCAUCAUAUUUGUGUCACUCGAAUUAUAGACGGCGGUGAACCAAUUGAAUUUAAAUGUUUAUUCAAAUCUUGGAAAGAAUCAAAUUCGACCGUUGGUUUGGGUAAAACUUAUUCCGCCGGUGGAAAAGUGGUCACUCUAAAAGAUUUGGAGAAACUUAUGCCUAAGAAUAAGUUAGAUGUUCGAAAACUUUAUGAUAAUCCAAGUUUAGCGGCGGAAACUCAAAUGUUAGACGAUGGAUCAGGUGAGAAAGAUAUUUAUCGGAUUAGUUCAUUCGAUCGGGUUCCAGUUGACCCAGCGGACUAUGGAAACUUUUACUCUGGCGAUUGUUACAUUAUUGUUUACACCAGUGUUCCUGGAUCUGGAUCACGGCCUGUCAAUGUCAUCUAUUACUGGAUUGGUAAUGAAUCGUCGGUCAAUGAACGUGGCACAGCCGCUGUGAUGACCGUUCAAUUGGAUGAUGAGCGUUUCGGUGGUGCCGCAGUGCAAGUUCGUGUUGUAGAGGGUAAAGAACCACCUCAUUUUACUGCUCUAUUUGCCGGUAAAAUGAUUAUCUACAAGGGAAACGCUAAAAGUGGAGGCCGAUCAGAAAAGGGUUCAACUGUAGACCCGACAAAGGAGAAGUGUAUACUUCAAGUUCGAGGGACAAAUAAAUAUGUUAAUCGGGCAGUAGAAGUUGAUUGUGAAGCCAGAUCACUUAAUUCAAACGAUGUUUUCAUCUUGUUUACCUCAAGUACCAUAUAUAUUUGGGCAGGUAAAGGAAGUACCGGAGAUGAACGGGAAAUGGCCAGAAUAUGUGCUAAACGAGUUGAAGAUGGUCGAGAAGUUAUUCUGGUCUCCGAAGGUCAAGAAAAAUCAGAUUUCUGGGAAGCGAUCGGUGGACAGCAACCAUAUUCCCAAGAAAAAGGGUUAGAAUUAAGUGAACCUGUUCAUCCGAUUCGAUUAUUCCAGUGUUCCAAUUCAAAGGGUUACUUUUACGUGGAUGAAAUUGUUGACUUUAAUCAAAGUGAUCUGAUUGAAGAAGAUGUCAUGUUACUGGACACUUGGGAUACCAUUUUGGUCUGGAUUGGAUCUAAAAGUAAUCCACUUGAACGGGAAAGAACAAUUGAAAUGGUUGAAGAAUAUUUAAAAGCCGAUCCAAGUGAACGUGACCUGGAAACACCGAUCAUCAUUGUCAAACAAGGUUCAGAGCCACCAAAUUUCACCGGUUUCUUUGGCUCUUGGGAUCGUAACUAUUGGUCAUCUCUUGCAACCUCCAAUCCAAACGUUUCUUUUGACCAGACAAAUUUCAACGAAAUGACCUCAACCGGUAAUAUUGUCUCACCUUGCAUGGCCGUUGAUUUCAGUAGCAGUGCUAAAUAUCCUUUAUCAACCCUUAGAGUUAGAGAUGCAUUGGAAUUACCUGCUGAUGUUGAUCCCACCAAGAAAGAGGUAUAUCUAACUAAUGAAGAGUUUAAUCAAGUCUUUGGAAUGGCUUAUCAAGAGUUUCAAUCUCUACCAAGAUGGAAGCAAAUUGAUUUAAAGAAAAGAGUUGGACUAUUUUAAUUGGGAUUAUAAAUAAUCGGUUAAUUAUUAAUCACAUGAUUAAAGACUUGAUCAUUUUACUAAUACUUUUAACGAAAGGGGUUAAAAUAUCUCUUUCAAUUAACAACUUGACUUAAUUAUCACUUGAUAAUUUGCAUAUUACUUAUAUAUAUAAUAUACUUAAAAUCAUUAAUGAAAUUAAUCAACAUCUCUGAG